AUGGAGCAAAGCUUCAAUGAACGUAUAGAUCAAUUGCGUAAAAAAAGUAGACUUUUGUUGGCCCAAGUAGAUAGGAAUUCUCAGAGGGUUAAAGAGGAAAUUAAAAGAUUAUACUCACAGUGAGUUCUGUUUGUCACCUGCAAAAGUAUAUAUCUGGGAGCAACCAACAGAAGUUCAUGUCAUAGGGGAAAUAUCAAAUCAUGGCAAUUACGGAAUGAUUCUAGUGGUGUUGGUGAAGCAUUGCAUUUAGAUUAUAUUUCUGAUAGCUCAGACCAUUUACCUGCAUCAAUGCCUAACUUAUCAAGAGCCAGAAGGGUAUUAAUAACAUCGAAAAAACAUUCUGAGCCACAGUGUUGCUCGAAAAAUGUACAGAAGAAACCUGUAAAAGAAUGUUACUGUCACCCGGAAGUGAAAAAAGUACAAUUGAGGUCCACAAGAACUCAACAUAAAUCGGAUACAGCCUGCAAAUACUGCAGAAAUCAUAUUGAGUUCAAGCCAGCAAUUAUAAAGGACAGUCUUGAAAGGUCACUAAUAAAUUCACCGAUUAGUUGUGAGACUCUGAGGAGAGUUCAGAGAAUAGACUAUGCACCUAGAUCACAAUUUUUGCGCAAUGUGCAAAGCAAAGUCUCCCUGCUAGAUACUGCAGCAACAGGAGAUUGCCCAGACACAUGUUACAGAUCGCCAUGUUACCACGAAUUUAUCGGUAAGAGGAAACAAUCAGAAAUUACCGACAACUUAACAAAAUCAAAAUCCGUAUCCGACAACGUAACGAAAUUGAAAUCUGUAUCUGGAGUGGUAACAGAUUUAGAGUUCACCGAGGAGGAAGAAAGUCCUAAGACUUCGAGGCAAUCAAGACCAAAAUACAUAAUCAAGAGAACCUUAACUUCGAAGAGAAGUGUACCUGACUUAAGUAAGACUAAAUCAAGUUCCAAAACGUCGACAAACGGUAAAAGAACGAUACAAUCGUUCGCCAAAGAGUGUCCAUGCUGCUCCAGAAAUAAGGUGGAACAACCGACCAGAAUUGCUUUGGUGAAAGAGGAUAUUCACUCGGGAGAUUAUGAACCUUCGGUUUACGUCAGUAAUUUGGAACAAACAGAAAGGGACAAGCAGCAUAUUUCGGAUAACGAACUGAGGGAACUCAGAAAAUUCCGUGAACAAAAUUACUUCGACACCCACGGGUCCAGCCACACGUUACACUCGUCGAAAUCCUCGGGCUCUUUGGAACAGUAUCUGCUGAACGACCGACUAUUCCCAGAACCAGCGAGAACAAUUCACAAAAAAGACUUGGUGGUGACGAUGCCUGCCUGCGCCACGUUGCAGAGAAAACGAAUUCAUUAUUUUCCACGGUACAUCGUUCAUCAGGAGAAGAACAACAGCAACACCAACUACAAAAAAAAGCGUUGCCAGACAUGUCCCUUAACUGGCCACGCUAUCGAUCUUGGUGUCACGAAGGCUAGACCGCCACUAAAUAGUUUGGCGUUAAAGUACCAAAAACGACUACCAUAA